AUGGGCAAAUCGUCAAAGGACAAACGCGACGCCUACUACCGGCUCGCUAAAGAGCAAGGAUGGCGCGCUCGCUCCGCCUUCAAGCUGCUCCAACUAGACGAGGAGUUCAACCUCUUCGAGGACGUCACACGGGUCGUCGACCUCUGCGCGGCGCCGGGUAGCUGGAGCCAAGUUCUCUCCCGAAUCCUGAUCAAGGGCGAGCGCUUCGGCCGCGCAGGCUGGGAGGACAAGCAGCUGCAGGGCCCCGACACACACGAAGUGCCGCGCGCGGAAGAGACAAGACACCCGCAACAGCAGCCGGCCUCGCCCAGGAAAGACGUCAAGAUCGUGUCCAUCGACCUGCAGCCCAUGGCGCCGCUCGACGGCAUCACCACCCUCCGCGCCGACAUCACGCACCCCUCGACGGUCCCGCUGCUCCUCCGCGCCCUCGACGACCCUACCAGCACCCCCUCCCCCUCCUCCUCCUCCUCCCCCUCCUCCUCCUCCUCCCCCGUCGACCUCGUCAUCUCCGACGGCGCGCCCGACGUCACCGGCCUGCACGACCUGGACAUCUACGUGCAGUCGCAGCUGCUGUGGGCGGCGCUGAACCUGGCGCUGUGCGUGCUCAAACCCGGCGGCAAGUUCGUCGCCAAGAUCUUCCGCGGCAAGGACGUCGACCUGCUGUUUGCGCAGCUCAAGACCGUCUUCGCCCGCGUGCGCGUCGCCAAGCCGCGCAGCAGCCGCGCCAGCAGCAUCGAGGCCUUCGUCGUCUGCGAGGGCUUCCGGCCCCCCGUCGGGUUCGAGGCGUCGUUGGAGGAUCCGUUGAUGCUGGGCGCGGGGGCGGCGGCGGCGGCGGCGGUGGAUGCGGUGGAUGCGGUUGAGGGGGGAGAGCGACGCGGGGCGGUGGCGGCGGCGGAGAGGAAGGGGGAGAAAGGGCAGACGAGGAGGGUGAGGCCGGAUGGCGUCGUGGAGCUGGAUUUGGGUGUGGAGGAGGAGGGCGAGGAGUAUGGUGAUGGUGAGGGCAUCCGCUGGAUACCCCCGUUUCUGGCGUGCGGCGACCUCUCGGCGUAUGAUGCGGACGCGACGUAUCACCUGCCCAAGGAUAGGGUCACGCUUGACCCUGUGCAGCCGCCGACGGCGCCGCCGUAUAAGCGUGCUUUGGAGAUGCGGAAGCGGAUGGGUGGCGCGUAUGGCAAAACGAAGAUGCUUGAGAAGAAGGCGGGCGGUGAAUGA